AAGUCUCGACAAAACAUAUUUCGGUAUAUUGAUCGAUAAAUACGCGGGUCACACUCUACAGCUGCGUACGGCGUCUAGAUCGGCGGGAAAAACUGCACACAAUAUAGAGAUGGCACCCGAAUCACCCGAAAGAUCGAGCCCGAUCGGGCGUCGAUACUGCGGCAUGGGAAACCAUAUGCUCAGAGAGCCACACACCAGGGUCAGUGAUCGAAAAGUUUUACACUUUGGACAAAAGAUAAAUUCAGAACUGCGGCCCGAUACGCCACUGUGUAAGACUUGUUACGAUAAACUGGAAGAAAUCUACAAAUAUAAGGCAUAUAAUGCGCGAGAGCAUCAAAGGAGGAAGCAGGCCGAGAGUCAGCGACAAGAUGUUACCAACCCCUCGGACAACAGCUCGACGACGUCCACCUCCGUUCCACGUAGAUUGGCGACGGCCACAGCGGCAAUUAGACGACCAACCCCCGUGCCUGUCGUUACAACUAUUAGCGAGGAUAACAUGCCCACAUUUAGUGCGGCGGCGGCCGAAAAACGGAAGCGCUCCAAUACACCGCCAGCGGCGCCGGAAAAACGGAAGCGCUCCAAUCCACCGACAGCGGCGGCGGAAAAACGGAAGCGCUCCAAUCCACCGCCAGCGGCACAGCAUGUCACACAGUCAUCGCAAAGCUCAUAUGUGAGCGAUGACGAUGAUCCCAACUCAAACCUGAGUCUGAAUGCAGUGAAUCGGACGCGGUUGCCACACAUCCAGCCGAUACCCAAGCGACGCCAGGUGGUCGAGAGCGUCUCGGACGUGAGCUCAAGUCUGCGACAAGCCAACUCCUCGGACAACAGCUCGACGACGUCCACCUCCGUCCCACGUAGAUUGGCGACGGCCAUAGCGGCAAUUAGACGACCAACCUUGUCUCCAUCGAAUGAUGACGAUGACAUUAUUGUGAUCACGGACAGCGACGAUGACGACCUCUGCAGCAAGGUGACCGACUUCCGUAGCCGGCUUCGCAUACUGGAUUUCAGCGAUGAAAUCUCCAAGCCACUGCGCAUUGAUUCCAGCUCGGAUGAGAGUGACUCUUGCACCCACAACAUCCGUAAGGCGGACAAGGCAUCGUCAAAGCCAUCUCCCAGUCGCUCAAAGUCUGUUGGCAGCGACUUGAACUCCACCGUAGAUGACGGUCAAUUGUUCACGCAGGACAUCUUUGAAGGACCGCAGUUCCCUCCAGAAGAUAGCGAAGAUGACGAUUGGGAUUUCGAUAGCGUGAUCUUGAAGGACGAGUCCUCCCAUAAUGAAGAAAACGAUAGCUCAUUGGAGAAAACCAACGGUAAAUCAGUUCGUGACGUAUCCAAGAAGUCAAAAAAGUCACCAAAGAAAGCCAAUGUGGAGCCUGUGGUAGCCAGCAAAGAUACCAAGCAGUCCAGAAUCUCCCGUCAACGAUCAACCAUAGCUGUCUCCUGCGAAGUCUUGGCUGUCACUUCUGUGGAGAAGCCUAAUGAAACUCCUUCCGUAGAGAAAACCAAAGAUAAAGUGCAGCAUGCCGUUUCCAAGAAUCACUCGAAGGCGAAGGUUUCUUCUAUAGAGAAAGAUUCUCCCGCAAAACCAAAGGAAGCUCCUUCGAUGGAGAAAGCCAAAGCAGAGCAGCCUGCAGUUUCCAACAGGAAAUCCAGAAUCGCCCAUCGACGAUCAAUCGUAUCAGUAUCCCGCGAAGAAUUGGCUGCCACUUCCGGGGAGAAACCAAAUAAAGUGCCUUUGGUGGACAAAACCAAAGAUAAAGUGGAGCCUUCAGCUUCCAACAAAAAUCACUCGAAGGCUAAGGAGUCUUCUGUGAAGAAAGAUGUGCCAUCUAAACCAAAGGAAGUGGAGAAAACUAAAGCAGUCAGUAAGGAUACCAACAACUGCAGAUUCUCCCUUCGCCGAUCAAAACGAUCGAAACCUUCUAAACGAAAGGCCCCUCCCAAAGUGGAGCCUGAAGUGGCAAAAAAGAAGUCGCGAAUCUUCCAACGACGAUCAACCGUAACCGUCUCUCGCGAACAGUUUGCUGACGCUUGUGCGAAGGAACAAAAAGAAACUCCUUUAGCAGAUAAAUGCAAAGUGGAGCAAGCACCCAAAAAGAAUGAGCCACCAGCUAAGCCAAAGAAAGAAUCUUCUUCGAAAAGAGAGCCCAGCGCACGACUUCGCAGCCGAGCCACUGUCUGCUACUACGAGGGACCCGAAGCCGAACCAGACCUGCCGACAAGCAUUGUCAACGCCAUGGACAUGAAGCAGAUGAGGGGACCAGAAGUGAUUGAGGCUCCUUCGUUGCCCAAGUAUCGGGACAAGCUGCGUAGCGCUUCGGCUGCACUCAAAAAGCUGUCGGAGAAGAAGCCGGCCGGGGACGAGCAGCCGGCCAGCAGCAAGAGAAAGGCCACCACCAGUGUGCCAAAAGUGGGCAAUUCUAAUCGUGGUGCCUUCCUUACUGAGGGCAUCAAUGGACUGCCGCCCUCAAAGAUGCCCAAAAUGGACCCCCUCAAGCCACUCAAGAACCGACGUGCUACAAAUCAGCUCACAUGCAAUCGCGUCACCUUCGCCAGCAUGGAGAAGGAUAUGGAGGAGAAGUUGAGGUUCCAGAAGAUGUCGAAACGCGUGCGAUUUAACGACAAAGUUCAGAUCAUAUACAUUGAGACUAGGCAUGCAUUCAGCAUUCGAGAAUUCGAAUGGUCGAGCAUUCAGAUGAACGAUAAAACGUCCUACUUUGAGACCAUACUCAAGUGGGCAAAUCAAUGGCUAAAGCUGCGCAGUGUGGAUGCUGUGGCCGAUUUAGAUGUCCUGAAGCCCAUUGCACCCGAAUUCGAGAACUUCAAGCAUUACAAGGAUCUUCAGUAAGCCGCCAGUAAAGUAUAUGCUCUACACUCUAUCGAGCGGCGACAAGCUCAAGGAGACGUUUGCCAAUCUGCGGGAGCAAAGAACCAAAAAUGGUACGCCAACUCAAAUCAAAUGGGAUCCCCAUCGCUUACUCACUUUCCUUACC